UCUCCCCUCACACACCGUGUGACCCCAAGCCCCGGCAUGAGAACUCUCAACUGUCCAAGUUAAACUUGGCCAAAGUUACUCUAGCCAGGAAUAUAGCACGUUAUGAUCCGUAAAAAAGUUCAUGUGAUUCCUAAUUGCGAAGUGUGCCACUCAUGAAGCUCUGAAAAAAGUAUCAUCUGCGAUCGAUACGAAAAAAAAAUCGGGGAAACAACAGUCAGGUGGUCUUUAAAGUUUACCCCUUAACAACAACAACAACGCACCGUCGUAUCGCAGUGAGUUCUAGUAUCGACUUGAAUUCUGCACUAGUUUCCUGACCGGGAAGGACCCAGUAAAAUGUCGCGGGGACUUGCCAGUGGAAGGGAAAAUGAAACGCUUCAGUGGACAAAACCAGCAGUACCCUGAUCCAAGUCAACCCCCUGAUCAGGGCCAAAACAGCUUUAAUACGGGUGGAAGCAAAAAAUGUAAAACCAGCCAGUCUUUUGAAUCGUUAUUUGACAGUGAAUCACUGAGUGAUGUCAGAAUCAGCAUCAAUGAUGGCAUCUACACCUUCCAUGGGCACAAGAUGAUCAUUGGGCUUAAGAGUCCAAUCCUGGCAGCCCUCAUGAAUGAUCUGCCAACGACAGGGGAGGAAACUCCUGUGUUACACUUGAAUGAGACUGAAGAGUGCAGCCAUGUCUUCCAUCGAUUCCUGUACUUUGUGUACAGCGGGGCAGUGUGGUUACACCGAGAUUACGUGGUGCCUCUUCAGAAGUUGGCAGUCAAGUAUGACGUGGUGCCGCUCAUACAGCACUGUGAGAACUAUAUUCUGCAGAUUCUGAACAGUACUUUCAGCAGUGUACGAUCUCCCUCUAGGGGAGAAGACCGCGGGGAACAGACAGGGUUCUCAGUGGAAGUUACCUGUGAUUUACACGAGAGCAACUCUAUGGGAGAACAUGUCAAAAAUGUGGCCUUCAUGGUAUUGUGUACCAGAGCCAAAGACAUCAUCCAUUCUCCACGGUGGAGGACCUGUGGCUAUGAUGUUGUUUGUGAACUACUGAAAAACGAUGAGUGCCAAGCUGUGGAGAAUGCUCUUUUGACAGCUGCUACAAACUGGAUGAAAUCAAACAACCUCCAAGACAAAUCAAAAAUAGAAGGUAUUUUAACAAACAUUCGAUACCCACUCCUGCACAGACGGGUUCUUUACCAUUUGCAGAAAAACAAUGCCUUUAAGAAUUUCCCUCCUGUUCAGGAUCUAGUCAAUGCUGCCAUCAGGUACCACUGUUUUAAGGACUUGCCUGAAGCCAAAGGGGACUUCAAGGGGAUACAGUACACCCCGCGUGUGCCUCGGCCACCAGAUGGUGCAAGAGAAGUGCCCGCCGUUCUACCAGACCCAGAUCCAGACCCAGUUCCACAGGAGUAUGAGAACACAACCUCUUCUCCUCAACACUGAGUGAACAUCAUCCAGGCAGUGAUAUUCAAUUAGUCUCCUCUGUAACUUUACAACCACCAAAGACAGGAACAUAUGGUCUGCAGCUCUUUUACUCUUCAGCCACGUUUAUUUGUCCAAUAAGGGAGUGAAUUGUAACAGUUCUGGGCAAGUAAACAUAGUGCAAUAGUUAAGCAUUGGGCUCUGAUUAGAGACACGACUGUUCAUAUCAGACAUGUAGCUUUUGCUUGAAGACCAGAACUGUACAAAAGUUAUAGACCAGCUGUUUCAUACAUCUGUCCAAAUUAUUAUUCAUUUCAUCACAUCUUGUUUAAUGUACAUACCAAAUAUCCAAUAGUCUAUAUACGAGAUGAAAAAGGAUGAUUCACAAGUUGCACAAUAAUACAAUAAAUUUAUGUAACUGACCAGCACAAUAUCUCAAUGAAUGGAGAAACAGUCACAAACUUUGAAUUCAUGUUUUAAUGUACUUUCCUUCAUAGGUGUGAGCAUACAGAUAUGGUGUAUGUACAUGUAAUGUAUAGGGAAAAAGACCUGUUGUCAGUCAUUUAGGAUUAAAACGUGUCACCAUCUAUUUGCUACAUGAGAUUAUGAGCUUAUCUGUGUUUAUUACACUGUCAAAUUAAGUCACAAAUAUUCAUAUCCCCUGGAAACAGGUUCUUUUUGUACAGCAUAUACGUGAAAGUACGAUGUAUGCCAAUUGCACUGUAUGAGAGCCUUGUAGAGGAAAACAAAUUUAAACAUACCAUCAGUUUUUAUCCCUCUGCCUGCUGGAAUAUUGCUUUCAUUAAUGAGAAAAAGUUUUGAUGUGUUUUUGUUUAUGGGUAAUCUGUUCUUAUCAGUGGUGCUACCUGAAGAAUGGGCAAAACCAGACUGUUUAUUUGCUGCAGUUUCUAUUUGUCAAAUAAUCCUGACUUAACAAAUACUACCUCAAACAAACAUGUGGAAAUGAGCAGUGAGGGAACUGUCUGCAGUAAUGCUGAACCCAAUCAGCAAAACACCCUGAUUUCCUGACACUAAAGUGAUAUUAGGUAAACACUAGUACAGGUUAACUGUAAAAGUAAUUGUAAGUAUUCACUGCCAAAGUUGUUGUAGGCAAUUAUCAUCAAAAAUGCCAAACUGCAGUCAAGGCCAGAGCAGUUAAGUUGAGAGGGACAAUAAUCUUAGUUACAGUAACAAUAUAUCUGUUCAUAUUACAACCUAGACAUGUGUGAUAAGUGACAGAGCAGGGGUCAAAGGUGAUGGGAUAACACAUGUGACA